AUGCCCUACUUUGAACGACCCAACGACUGCGAGAUGGCACUCCUCUCCCAGGUGCCGCGCCGAAGUCUGGCAGCCGGGGAGAUCCUCUUCCCCUCCUUUGCAGCUUUGGUGCAAGACGUCAACAAGGGUGGCCACUUCAUCGAUCUGGGCAGCGGCACAGGUCGCGCCGUUGUGGCCUGGGCCUUGCUGAGGCCUGAAGGCCGAGCAAGUGGGGUGGAGAUCCGAGAAGCUUUGCACCUGCAAGCACUAGAGGUGUCACAGCGACUGACAUUAGACGUGCAGAGGCGGGUGCACCUCCAUUGUGGUGACCUCUUCCACUUCGGCUUGGAAGAUGCUGACAUCAUCUUGGUGAAUAGCACUGGCUUCGACGACUCCUUGAUGGGGCAGAUCAGCAGGCGGCUGGCUGAAGCACCUGGAGGCUGCCGCGUGGUGCUAUUGUCACAACCUCUUCCAAAGUCUGAUGGCUGGAGCCUGGUCUUUCAAGCUCCAUAUCGGAUGAGCUGGGGGAAUGCCACAGCAUUCGUGUACGAGAGACACUGCCGGGAGGAAGAAACAGGAACUGGCGGAUACAAAAGGAGCUUGUCAGAGCUCUUUCACCGCUCGGAGAUCUAUGACUUUUGGGUGUUUCUUUGCACCAACUACCUGGGACCUUCAGAGCUCGCCAGAGAGGUUAAAGAAGAUGGUGGAAACUACCAGGUUUGA